AUGGGAAAAACGUCGGGGUGUUUUAAAGAUUCGGCAGUUUGGCCGUUUUUUAUACUACAUUUGCUUGAGACGACUUAUCAGGUCGAAGAUCAGUGCGUAAAAACUGCCCAUGCACUCGGUGGUCAGACGUUAGUGGUGAUUACGUUAAGUCGAGUUGACGUGAGGUUGUCUUCGGCGGGAGACCUCACUGAUUACUCAUUGCGUCCCGAAGCGGCCUACCACCGCUGUCCGGCCAGGGACAGGGUCGAUCUUAACGCUGAGCACGGGUUCAGGCUCGCCACAGGUGGCCAGGGCCUGGAAUUCGGCCCUUCGACCGGUGGAAUCUGA